GUCAGUCACACUUUGAACGGCGCUGUGGCGCUCAUCACCACCACCAGAUCUACCAGCAACAGCACCAACGACUCGCCAUCCUCCUUUUUCCUGUCACUAACGAUCGAAUGAGCCUUAAGGAUCGCAUAAAGCAGAGGAUGAACGCUUGCUGAGGAGUCAUCGCCGCAAACCCGAGGGCGACACACACAACCGCUAGUGAAGGGGUGGUAGAGGAACGAUCCGACGAGCCGUUUCGCAUUUCGAGCGGUCGCCUCAAGUGGAGGUGGUGUAGGGGGGACUUUGCCAUGGUCCGGCCCGGGGACAUCUUUGUAGCCCUAAUUCUCGUGGGCUCUGCGGUGUCACUGGAUGUGCAGAUAACACCCAGUCAUGGGGAAAUCAGUAUCGGGGAGUCCAAAUUCUUCAUGUGUGAAGUUAUCGGUGGGGCAAAACACAUAGACUGGUUCGGGCCAAGCGGCGACAGGAUAGAACCCAACAGACCCGACAUCACGGUGACCCGAAACGACGAGACGUCAUCCAUCCUCACGCUGUACCGAGCUAUGACGGAGAACGCCGGCACUUACAAGUGUGUCGCCACCAAUGGCGAUCAACAGGGAGAGUCAACGGUUAACAUUAAAAUAUUCCAGAAAAUCACCUUCACAAAUGCCCCGUCGCCCCAAGAGUUCACUGAAGGGGACACCGCUGUCAUUGUGUGUGAUGUCAUCAGUUCUCCUCCUCCCACAAUACUCUGGAAGUACAGAGGAGCUAGAAUACAGAUGGAAAAAGAUGUUCGCUUUAAGGUGCUGAACAACAACCACCUUCAAAUCCGUGGCAUAAAGAAGACCGACGAGGGAUCGUACACCUGUGAGGGACGCCUGAUGGCCCGUGGCGAGAUUGAUUUACGGGUUAUCAAGGUCAUCGUGAACGUGCUCCCGACAAUCAGAGUAUGGCAGUCAGAGGUGAAUGCCACAGCAGAUAUUGGCCAAUCUGCCAUGUUGACCUGUGCAGUUGAUGGCUAUCCCGAACCAAUGGUUACCUGGACAAGAAACCAAAUGCAUCUGGAGGCGGGGGAGAAGUACAGCUUUAACGAGGAUGGCUCAGAGAUGUCCAUCAUGGAUGUGAGCAAGCUCGAUGAGGGCGAAUACACCUGCAUCGCUAAAAACAAGGCCGGGGAAGCAGAGCAGGAGCUUAGUUUGAGAGUAUUUGUCAAACCUAAGAUCACCUAUAUUGUAAACCAAAGCACGUCCGAGAUGGAGGAGCAGGUCAUGCUAACUUGUGAGGCUUCUGGGGAUCCGACACCCACCAUCAGCUGGAGCUACGGGAACCGUGUUUUUACAGACGGCGAGCAGGCAUCAUGGACUCGUCCUGAGCAACACAAGAGCGAGGAUGGGAAUGUGGUGGUGAGGAGUGACGCUCGCGUGUCAUCCCUCACGCUAAAGUACGUCAAGUACACUGACGCCGGUCAGUACCUGUGUUCUGCGCGCAGUGCCAUUGGGGAGGAUGACCAGGGGGCUUAUCUGGAAGUCCGCUAUUCUCCUAAGAUCCACGGUGAAGUGGCGGUGUACACCUGGGAGGGUAACGCUGUCAACAUCAGCUGCGAGGUGCAAGCUUACCCAAGCCAAGUCGCCAUAGUCUGGCUGCGAGACGGACUGAUGCUGCCCAAUGCCAACACGAGCAACAUUAAGAUCUUCAGGUCGCCCUCGGCCAGCUACCUUCAAGUGACACCGGUGUCUGAGAAUGACUUUGGGAGUUACAACUGCACUGCUUCGAAUGAGAUGGGAACAGAAGCCAAAGAGUUUGUCCUCAUUCAAGCUGAGGUGCCAUCAUCUCCAUUCAUCAAUGAGGUCUCACCUUUCUCCACCACCGCUUUCAUUCAGUUCGAGGAGCCUGAGUCCACUGGAGGCGUCCCUGUGCUCAAAUACAAAGCGUUGUGGAGGAUGCAAGACAGGGGCAGCUGGUCGCAAAGGAUCUACGAGCUCAAAGAUGGCACCUUUGGCGAGUUGACCAUCACACACCUACGGCCAGACACCAACUACGAAGUCAAGAUGUCUGCCAUUAACGGAAAAGGGGAAGGUGAAAGCUGUCCUGUUGAGAUCUUCAAGACGGAGCCAGUUCGUAAGCCAAGUCCUCCUAAACUGGAAGGGGUGCUUCAGCCAAUAGGCAACUCCCUGAAAGUCAGCUGGAUCAAGCAGGAUGACGGUGGAUUACCCAUCCUCCAUUACCUUGUGCGCUUCAAACCAAUUCAGUCAUCUCAGUGGAAACCCGAAAUCCGCAUGCCCAGCGACAGCGACCACGUGACCCUGAGUGGGUUGGAAUGGGACACUGACUACGAUAUUUCCGUGGUGGCCGAGAACCAGAAGGGCAAGUCGCAGAGGGCCAGCAUGUCCAUGAGGACGUCUGUACAGCCGGCUGUCAUGCCAGCCACUCAGGGCUCUCCGUCCGUGACGUGCUGUGUGGUCUCACUCAUCCUGUCCGUCGUCACCGCAUUGCUGCUCUCAUAGUUUUGGCGGCUUCCCUUAAAGCGCGCAAGAAGAGCCAAGCUGUCCCUGCGCACACUUUUCAGAAAGCAGACUGUGACAGACGCAUGUGUGCGCGUGUGUUGGACGUUGCGACAGAACCAAACCAAAGGCAGUGGAAUCCUCUCCCCACCCCGAACCACACAGAUUGACAGUGAGACGCGUUAGCCAACAUAGACGAGUGACAGUUGGCAGGAACAAAUUAGGACAGGGUCUACUUCUCACCUACUAGAAUGUUUUACUUUAAACACUGAGUGACUGCUCAACUGUAUUGCCCACUGAAGUGUGUCUAUAUUAUGUAAAGAUCAACCAUUGCAUAAACAAAAACUGCUAACAAGAAUGAGCCUAAUUAUGCGAUUUGAAUAGUGCACAUGAUGUUUUACAGAGAGUUCUACUUUAAUGUGGCACAUUUCUUCUGCAUGUCAAACUAUUUCGUAAACACCUAACCAUGUUUUCUAUAAUGCUAAUUGAAGGGUGCUUUGUUUUUUAACACACAGCUGCUCACCUGUUUUAAGAUUUUCAUAUAUACAAACACAGUAUUUUCAGUCAUUCACAACAUUUGUUAAAGGGAACCACGGAUAGAAAGACUUGUAGUUCUUAAAAGAUAAACGUUAUUAUGAGUUAAAAUAAUUGGAUAUUAAAAACAUUCUUGAUAUAUGUAUAUAUUUUCAGGUUCAGGUUGUUUUGUUUAAAUGCAUACAGACAGAACAUACUAAAGAUGCCUUAAAAAAAAUACUUAAACGUAGUGAUAAUAUAUAGGGGUGGUUUAAAUACGUCACGUGACUAAUGUGGUCAACAGAUCAACAAUUAUACCACAAGAAAACACAAUGCUUAAAAGUAAAAGAGGGAAACACAUGCAAAAAGUAUUAUGAGGCAAUGAAAAGGUAAUAAAAGACUCAAUUAAACCACAGAUAGUAAAUACUCGCAGCUUUUAACUCAUGUGCACGUGUGUUGGACGUUUCGCCACGUAGAAAGGAAUUGCAGAACACCGGUAGUGUUCGUCAAGUGAUAGUGACAAACUACGUCAUCACCCUGAGCGUCCAUUGCGCGCAUAAAACAUGGCGCCCUUUGUAGGUCAAAACAUGUACUAAAUAUUAUAGAUUUUUAAAUGAAUGGUAAUAUUACAUGUGUUUCUAAUAACAUAUUUUAGUAAAAAUAUGAACAAGUUUGGCUUAUUAGAGCCUACAAGUCUUGAAGUCCGAGGUUCCCUUUAAUCUUUUAUAGGGCGCCCAUUUAAUGCCAUUGUCGGCACUAGUCGUCAAAUCCAUUUUGACUUGGAGAUUCUCAGAGACUCCCAGUCAUAACGGAUUGCACGUUAAUUGCUGUCAAUGGCACUGAAAGAUGAGAAAUAACGGUCAGGAUUGAAUACUAUGAAAUUUUUGAACAAUAAUAAAAUCAACUUAACAGUGUUAUUGUGGACCAUAGAGAGAGUGUAUUUCUGUGUUCAUGCGUUUUAAUUUUGUUUUAACAUUUUAAUGAUUUAUAAUUUUAAUUAUGCAUAAAAAUUAAAAAAUAAUUCAAAGAAAUAAUUAUAAUAAUAAUACAAUUACAAUUGAGGCACGGCAUCCACAUACUGUAUGUGGACAUCGCAUUUUGGGUUAUGUAGGGCACACUUUAUACUAAAUGCUAAUGUUGAGGUUCACAUGUGUGGACACCAUAUCGUUUUUUUUUUUUUUUUUUUUGUUCCUUUACAUGAUUUAUUUUAUGAAUGGCAAUAGCAUAUGUAGAUUUUGCCAUGCAUUGGAAGAGCACACAAUGUUUCACCUGAUACUUUUACAUCACUGGUGCAGAGGAACAACAGAUACUUCAUUUCUAGAAAAUAAAUAACUUUCGGGGACUAAUUAAGCAGAAUAGCAUGAUGUAUAUUUUAUCGUUGUACUCCUUAUGAUAUUGCAAGUGGUUGCAAAUAACUGUUUUACAUGAAUGUUAAGCUAAAUAAACAGUUUUUGGAUCAAAUAUUGAAAUAUCUAACACCAAAUAAAUACCAAUUUUGAAUACAUGUUAAUGAGGGCUGUUUUGCAUCCUACAUAAAUAAAACACUGCAUCAAUAACAGGUGAG